UCACUAAAACUUGUAUGCACACUAGUUACACGUUUUGAUCAUCCAGGAAAAUGCUUGAUCUUCAGAAGCCUCCCAUCGCUCCCAUGCCAGGGGCAUGUAAACCGUAACCCAAACCUUAAUUUUCCUUGCUUUCGCUUCUCUGCCACCACCACCAGGCAAUGUGACUUUUAUUUUCUCUGCACACCCAUGUUAGUUAACUAUUAGCUGCAAAGACAAAAGAAUGUAGUAACAACAUAAUGGAGAAGAAACAUUGAGACGACGCUAGAAAUUCUCACAAAAGCAGAACAUCCGGUCAUUUCGCCUAGCAGAUCAAUUUAGCACAACCAUUAGACCUUCAUAACUCCAUCUAGAUUUUUUGUGGAAUCAUAUUUUUAAAACUGGUGGGGCAUUCCUCCUUUUAAUGUAGUUAGAUGUUCAUGGACCGGCCUUGGGUUGUUCUAUUAUCCGGGAGAACAGAUACUCAAAAACUUAUAAACUAUUUUGGACACAAUGAAAUAUCAUUUUAAUAUUAAGAGGCUGCUUAGUCUGGUGUAAAAAAAUAUAUGCAGGCAAUCCAAAACAAUUGGCCACCGAUUGGUCAGCAGCCAACUUAUCUUUUGAACCUCUCAAAAUUGCCACAAUGAGUUGCCAAAUGUUGGUAUGCCAGAACAUUGAAAAGCCAAUAUUUGGCAUGCAACCAAGCACACUCGAAAAGCGUGCCAAUUUUUGUGCAAAAUAUGACUAUAUGCUUGCUUCGACAAAAAUACAAAUUUGUACAACCCGAGUCCUGUAUGUUAUACUAUUCAAAUGUAAUUCUGGUGCAAAAUAUGACCAUAUACUUUUUUUGUACAAAGUCUUUGCGACUAUAUGUUUGCAUUUUUUUAAAUGUACAUACUAUACCAUGAUUAAUGUCCAUCAAAUGUUUCAUAAAUACACAUAUUUCAAGGGGGCAAUGGAGAAAAUAUAAGUUCUGCACACAACCAUUUCACUGGUGAUAUAUUCACUCGCUGAACUAAGCAUAUUUAUCUAUCAUGUUUUUUCCAAUUAAUAAAAACCAACUAUGCCUCACAGUUUUUUGAAACACCAUGCAGGCAGUAACAGGGAUGUCGAGGUGGAGCCCAUAUGUCUUAACAGCAUAACAAUUCGAGGUGGACGGUACAUAUAUUCGCUUGAAUUUUCGUACAAUGACGAACACGGAUUGGAACACCAUGCAGGCCCAUGGGGAGUUUGCGAUUACUUAACUGAUGGCAUCCUUAGUACGAUUGAUCUUGGAGAAGCAGAGUUUCUGACGGGGAUUUCCGGAACAAUUAAUUCUUCUAACCAAUAUGCAAGCAAAAUUAUAGAUUCACUUACGCUUAUCACCAAUGUCCGUAAUUAUGGACCUUUUGGAGGAGUAGGAGGAACUCAUUUUUGUAGUCCGCUCAUGGGCAACGCUAGUAUUGUUGGCUUCUUUGGCCGUUCUGGACAUGUUGUUGAUGCAAUCGGCCUCUAUGUGAACCUUGCGAGAGGACCAAUGGAGAAACAGGAUUUGAUUACCAAGGUUGAUCUAUGGGGAGGUAAUUCAGGGCAGGCGCAUGACUUGGACGUGGUACCACGACGUUUGAUAAGCGUGGUAGUUCUUAGUGGCGAGGUAAUUGAUUCACUCAAGUUUACGUACAGCGACUGCGAUGGACAUCAGCACACUGCUGGUCCGUGGGGAGGAUCGGAUGCAUCUCAGAGUAUGAACAAUCAUAUGAUUCUGCUUGGCCGUUCAGAGGUAGUGAAGGAAGUUUCUGGAACAAUUGGUCCGAAUUCCUCUGUUCCAGAUUUUGUAUCGUCACUUUUGCUCGCCACCAAUACUUCGAGCCAUGGACCUUUUGGAGAAGGGAGGGGGAUUCCUUUCCGCAUUCCGUUGCAGGAUAAUGAUAGCAUCGUUGGCUUUUUUGCCCAGGCUGAGAAGCAUAUUAACGCAAUUGGUUUCUAUCUCGAAUCAAUGGAAAUCAAGGACAACGAUGGACCUCCAUGUGCCAACACAAAGUUAGAAGGUGAUAUAAAGGAGCCAUAUAUGACAUGUAUUACGAAGAUUGGGCCGUGGGGAGCUAAUAAUCACAACUAUAAGGACAUCGAGGUGGCACCUCUAUGUUUGAACAGCAUCACAAUCCGUAGUGGAGACGUUGUAUUUUCACUUGCCUUUUCGUACAGUGACAACAACGGCAAGCAGCACCAUGCAGGUCCAUGGGGAGCUUCGGCAGGCUUUUCUUAUGGGAGCUUUGAUACAGUAAGUGUGUAAAUAU